CACGCCCUUGACAUGACCAUCGGAUUGUCAUCCCGAAGACUUUUGUUGUUCGCUGUUGGUCUUCGACAUUCCCAUGGAACAUUUUGGAACCUGCUUCUGACCGACUCCGCCAAGUAGUAGUAUUCAGCGACUGACUGAUUAUGGAGUUAGAAACACGGCAUUCUACGAGAGAGGAAGACCCCACCAGGUCCAGCCUCUUGACUGACGAACCACACAAUGAACUUCAACUUCCCCCCGUCGAUGGUGGAAAAGAUGCAUGGUUGUUCUUAGCGGCUGGCUUCAUGAUGGAAGCGCUUGUUUGGGGUUUCUCUUUCGCCUACGGCAUCUUCCAGGACUUUUACAGCACGCACGAGCCUUUCAAAAGCUCAGGGAACCCGGCCGUGAUUGGAACAUGCAUGAUGGGCGUAAACUACAUGAUCUCUCCUUUGACUUUUGCCCUGCUACAGGGAUUCCCCGUUCUUAAGCGGUGGUGCUCCGCUGUCGGGCUUCUCAUUAUGUGUCUGGCUCUCGUCCUGAGUUCUUUCGCGUCUAACACCACUCACCUGAUUCUAACCCAGGGCAUCGCCUGCGGGAUUGGAGGCAACCUUGCUUAUUCACCCAUGAUUAUCUUCAUGAAUGAAUGGUUUGUGCACAAAAGGGGCCUUGCUUUUGGGACCAUGUGGGCCGGAACUGGUGUCUCUGGUGUGGUACUGCCCCUGGUGCUUCAAUGGCUCCUGGAUGCUUACGGUCACAAAACCACCCUGCGCAUCUGGGCCGUGACUCUGUUUCUGUUAGCUGCUCCGCUGCUCUAUUAUGUGAAGCCUCGCUUGCCCAUUUCGCGUGCGUCAAGCGUCCGAACGUUUGACUUGAGUUUCCUCUGGUCGCAUACGUUCCUCAUUUUCCAAAUGGGCAAUAUCGUCGAGGCCCUAGGAUAUUUCUUACCAACAAUUUACUUACCUACCUUCGCACGCACUCUGGGCGCCAGUACGAUCCUGGCGUCUUUGACCGUCAUCUUAUGCAACCUUGCAUCGGUCUUUGGAUGUAUCGCCAUGGGCCAUCUGGUUGAUCGGUACCAUGCGACUACCUGUAUCCUAGUGUCCACUAUAGGUAGUACGCUGGCUGUGUUUUUUCUGUGGGGAUUUUCCAUGUCGUUGGCGCCCCUCUACGUGUUCAGUGUCGUCUAUGGCCUUUUUGCUGGAUCAUUCACCUCAACGUGGCCGGCCGUCAUGAGCGAGGUGGUGAAGAAGAGCCAGCUGGCGGAUCCCUCGAUUGUCUUCAGUUUCUUGGCAACCGGCAGAGGAAUCGGAAAUGUUGUCAGCGGACCGUUGAGUGACGCCCUGAUCAAGGGCUCAUGGGGCUAUGACCCUUCGGCCUUUGCCUAUGGCACCUCUUAUGGCGCCCUCAUCGUCUUUACGGGAAUAACUGCGCUAUUUGGCGGAUUAAGCAUAGUCGGAAGACCCUUAAAACUGAUCUAAGCUCAGGAAUGGCAAGUCCGGCACCUGGGGCUUCAUGCGGGGCCCAAGAAUGCCCUGACCUGUCCCAAUUCGUGUUAUAUACAUAUAUUUACUUCAUUAAGUGGAGUAUGAAUGAUAUGCUUACCAUCGUACGACGCCCAGAAGUUAUAAUCGGCAUUUGCGCCCGCCGAUAAAAUAUGACGGAGUGACGAAAAGGAAAAGCAAUUUUCGGUGUUAAAAACAAAAGUUCCUACGGCAUCUACCAGAUCCACACAUUAUACGCAUUAAAUAUAUUGGUAUCGGCCCCUCGGCGCUCAAUCAGGUCAUCGAGAACUAGGCAUCAAAAAGCGUUGUUCGUACGAAAGGUUUCCACAUUAACGCCGAGUUCAGUUUAUCUAGAUGACGACCCAAUUGAUUUAUAUUCUGAUAUAGCACCAAAACUUUCUUAGUUCAUGUCUCAAGCCUUACCCCCACUGGCCACGCUUAGCACGGUCUUCCAUUCGAUCUCAUCAGGUGUAUCAGCGUGGAUGGAUAGUUUGACAUCAAGAGCGCUCCGCAGCUGCUCUUUAGUGCUCGCGUAAAGCAUACACAGCUAGAUAUU